CCCCGGCCCACCAUGCCCGCCACCACAGCGGAGACGCUCUCAUUGGUGACGCGGAACGUCUCCGUCGCGCCUCUGGUUCUUCUAUCGGCAGCAGACCACUACGGCCGCACCGCCAAGGGCACCAAGAAGCGCGUCGUCGGCGUGCUCCUGGGCCAGAACGAUGGCAAAAACGUGCGGGUAUCCAACAGCUUCGCCGUGCCCUUCGAGGAGGAUGAGAAGGACCCGUCGGUGUGGUUCCUCGACCACAACUACGUCGAGUCGAUGAACGAGAUGUUCAAGAAGGUCAACGCGCGCGAGAAGCUCAUCGGCUGGUAUCACUCGGGGCCUAAGCUGCGCGCAUCGGACCUUGAAAUCAACGAGCUAUUCAAGCGGUACACGCCGAACCCGCUGCUGGUCAUCAUCGAUGUGCAGCCGAAGGAGGUGGGCGUGCCCACGGACGCAUACUUUGCCGUCGAGGAGAUUAGAGAUGAUGGUAGCACGACGAGCAAGACGUUUGUGCACACGCCGAGCAUAAUCGAGGCCGAGGAGGCGGAGGAGAUAGGCGUCGAGCACCUGCUGCGCGACAUCCGCGACGUGGCCGUGGGCACGCUGUCGACGCGCAUCACGUCGCAGCUGCAAUCGCUGCAGGGGCUGCAUCUGCGCCUGCGCGACAUCGGCACUUACCUGCAAAAGGUGCUGGACGGGGAGCUGCCCUUCAACCACGCCAUCCUCGGCAACCUGCAGGACGUGUUCAACCUGCUGCCGAACCUGAACACGCCCAAGGCGGCCGUGGCCGCGGCCGACGCGGGCCAGUCGCCGCUCGCCACAGGCGACUCGGACCUCGCGCGCGCCAUGAGCAUCAAGACCAACGACCAGCUCAUGACCAUCUACCUCAGCAGCCUCAUCCGCGCCAUCACGGCCUUCCACGACCUCAUCGAGAACAAGAUCCAGAACAAGCAGCAGCAAGAGGAGAAGGAGAACGGCGCCAACGGCGCCGCCGCCAAGAAGGACGAGAAGCAGGCCAACGGCAACGGCGCCGGCGGCGCCGACAAGGACAAGGACAAGGCCGCCAGCAGCGGCGACGCCAAGGACAAGGGCGGCGCCAGCGGUGCCGACAAGAGCAGGGGAAAGGAGCCCGACAAGAGGAAAUAGAGGGGCGGAGUCGGGUCGCUGGAUGGUGACGAUGAUGGGGACGCGCGGAAGACAGCGGAGGAACGAGAGCAUGCGGGGCGAAAGUUCGACCGACCGACCGGCCGGCCGCGCCAUCAUGAGCGAGCGUUGUGGGUAAUGACAUGCUAGCAUAGAGAAAUGAGAUCGGUUGACGCGCGUGAGCAUGCGUGCGUGUCUGCGCGUACGAUUGUGGGCUGAGCCGGGCGUGAAGUGUUGGGAUGAAGGGGGACGUUGAAGCUGAGGUGUGACUGUGGAUGUGUCAGUUGUGGUCUGCGUGUGUACGUCCCUUGUGCUUGUGUGCUUGUUGGGGUCUGGUGUCUAGGUCGCUGGCUGUGUCUCGUGCUCUUGUGCCCGAGAAUGUGUCUCAUUGCCUCAAUGUAUCUAUCUCGCAUCGCGCACGUGGUGCGGAUGGUCUGAUUACCUGGCCUCGACUGGUUCGCGUGCGGUAUGUGGUUUGAAUGU